ACACCUUGUACAAUUUCAGUGCAUCAAUUAUUGUGCGAAAUGAUUGUGUUUAAUGACUUCUUGAAAUGGUUAUCCAUCGAUCUUUCAAUAAAGCUAACUAUAUCUUUGAUUAGUCUUUUGGUGGCUUAUUUUUUAUUAGAAAAGUUCAAAGGUGGUAAAAGAAUACCAGGACCUAAGGGCUUACCCCUCGUCGGCAUAGCUUUUAGUAUAAAAAAGGAGAAGAUGCAUCUAGAAUUGGCAAAUUACGCCAGGAAAUACGGCAACUUGUGUCGUUUUAACCUAAUGGGUUCAGACAUUGUUUUGGUUUCUGGGCUAAAAUUAAUUCACGAGGUCUUUGUAACGAAACAAGACGGAUUUUCUUCGAGAUAUUUAUCUAACAGGUUAGGUAUAUUAUAUAAGAAAGAACCCGGUAUUACUGCAAUGAAUGACGAUGAAAAGUUUAGAGAGCUAAAAAAAAUUUGUUUAAAGUCUUUUAAACACUAUGGCGAUGGAAUGGAGACAGUGGAAUCAUUGACAAUGAGAUCUAUAAAUAAAUUUUUUACAUAUUUGUCAAAUGCUAAUGGCAAGGCUGUAGAUAUAAAUGACAAGAUACAAUACUUAUUAGCAGACAUAGUCUAUUCCAUGCUUUUAAAUCAAGAGCUGAGUGAAGAAGAGAUUUCACAAAUAACCAAAAUGAGUAUACAGUUUGUUGAAGUUACAUUUGGCUCCAAGGCACUGCUUUUGGAACUUUUUCCUUGGUUAAAAUAUUUCGGAUAUAAAGCAUAUAAAAAAAUUUGCGAUUAUGAAAGAAAUGUUUGCGCAUUUUGGAAUAAAGUUAUCGAUCAGCGAUUUCUAAUGAAUCAAGAUGAAAAAAACAAGGAUGAGAUUUCUGGUGCAAUAGAUAGUAUGUAUUCUCAAUUAAUGAAAUCGUCUUUUCAAUAUAGCCGGGCUUCCUUCUGUAAGACACUUCAAUCAAUAAUUUUAGCUGGAUUUUCCACGACAUCGUCUUCAAUGUAUAAUUUUUUGCCAAUACUGCUUAAUCACCCUCAAAUAGAGAAAAGGAUUUUUCAAGAAGUUAGUGAAGCUGUCGGACAUUCUAGAAUGCCUUGUCUUGAAGAUAAAAAAAAUAUGCCGUAUUCGGAAGCUUGUGUUUUAGAAUUACUCAGAUACACAACUGUCGUACCAUUCGCCUUACCUCACGAAACUGACCGUGACAUGGAUUUAGACGGCUAUCAGCUUAAAAAAGGCACACAGGUUUAUUAUAUAAUAUGCUAACCAUACACUUUUAAAUUUUUGUCAAGUAGAUAUGGCCCAAUAUUUGGGGUCUCCAUCAUGAUGAAGAAAUUUGGGGCGAUCCCUGGAAUUUCCGACCCGAGCGAUUUUUAAAUGAAGAAGGAAAAGUAGUAGACACCGGUCAUUACUUGAGGAAGCAGUAAGAAUUUGAGAUACUCUACUAGUAAAUAGAUUUGCUACUCAUUUUUUUUAAAAACAAACAGCCUUCUACCUUUCGGAGCUGGAAGGAGAAUUUGUUUAGCAAAACCAAUGGCUAAGAAUCGACUGUUUCUAUUUAUAACAGGCAUUAUACAAAAUUAUAAAGUAGAACCCGAAAAGGAAAAUAAAUUACCGGAAUACGAUGCAAGAAAGUUCCUUUUCAUGGGAGUGGUAGUGUCUUCGCCUUACAAAGCCAAAUUUAUAAGACGCGAACAAAAAUCAGAUUAAUCCCCGAAUUAGUCACAGAUGUAAAAAAUGGACCGCAUACGACACAGAUAUAAACAUUUUUAUAAAAAAGAAAUAUGUAUUUCUCUAGCAUAGAUUAUACUUUAUACUCCCUCUAAAUCCUUCAACUAACUAAAAUAAACGUUAACAUGAUAUCAAUUUAACAAACACGACUCGUCCUUGUUUUUUUCCUACAUUUUCUAAGUUAUCUUUUUAGCUAGUCUAUACUAUAAAAAUACCUUAUUAUAGGAUGAUAUACUUAAAUAAAAAUUGAUUAUCAAUAAUCGUUCAAGUAGAGAAGAGAGAGAGAGAAAUCGAGGAAAAUGCAGGGUUUUAUCCUACAUUUAUUCUUUUUUUCUGUUUCCUAUUCUCUACCGGCCGUAAUGUAUUUUACCAUUAGGGUAAUAAGUUUCGAAACAUAGUUUGUUAAAAAUGUUAAAAAGUUUAAAGGACAAUAUGUAAUUUUUGAAUAGAUGACUGGAUGCAUAUAUGAAUGGGAUAUAUAAAUAGUGACUAUAUUUAAAUAUGGUUUAUUGUUCAGUUUAUGUACACUGUUGCUAAGGUUAUGAAAAUAGUGUGUACUUAACAGUUCUCCAUCAAGUACCAAAGGAAAAUCUGUUAUACCUUUCCUUCUGGAGUGAUGAUAACAAAUAGCCAAAAGUUAGAAGUAUUUGUCAACUUAUUUAAGAGUAUCACUUUUAAUAUCAUGGGAACUUAUGGUUAAGUUUUCGCACGAUUUCAUCCUAUAGACUUUUUUACAACAAUCAAUUAAGCCUAUAGUCUGACAGUUACGCUAGAUAAGACAGGCACAAUCUAGACAAAAUUGCAUUCAAUCUGCGGGCAAAAUGUCGUCGUCUAUCAGGCGUGAUGUAUUAACAAACUAAUAUUAGGCCUAAGAAAGUAGCAAAUUUCCUUCCAAUAUAACUUACCUCCUGGACCGCAUAAUGAUGCUAUAAGCCUAGCAGUUACUGACCCGCUAGUGUGACUUCCAGUUGGACGUCUACUUGCAUUUUCCUUCUAAAAAACAUUGAGAAAAAUAGAAAAAAACAGUGAUGGUAGAUUGGAAGUUGUCUAUUAUUGAUUCUUGCGACACAAAUCUACUGCUUUCCUCUCGUCUAUCAAAUGGUUAAAUGGAAAUUGUGCCUGAUUAAAUCAUAACACCUUGCCUGAAGGUAAAAAUUACGAUAUUGGCUUAAGAAUAAAA